CAGUCCAAACGAAAGGGGGAAAAGAAGAACGAAAUAUGCAGCGAAAUGGAGUGAAGAAGCUGACUCAACAAACCACAUCCGCUGUAAUCAGAUCGACCCAUUCUCACACUCCAUCUUCAUCAGCUUAUGAUUUCCUCCAUGAUUCUAGAGAUCAUCGUACAGUGUGUAAUGUUCUUGAAGCCUGCAAGGUCUCCUCAGAUUAUAAGACUGCAAGUGCAAUCCACACAAGAAUCUUUAAACUAGGGUAUGGGACUUAUCCAUCUCUUGUAGCUACUUUGAUGAGUACUUAUUUGCAAUGUGAUUGCCUUGUUUUAGCUCGGAAACUUCUCGAUCAAGUUUUUCGAUCCGAUUUUAAUGUGGUCGUUGCAAACUUAGUAAUUGAACAUCUAAUGAGACUUGGGGAACAUGGUUUCGCUAAGAAGUUCUUCCUAAAAAUGCCUGUUCGGGAUUUGAUGACUUGGAACUUAAUGAUCGGAGGAUAUGUUAAAAAUGCACGCUUCGAAGAGGCUUUAAGCUUAUUUUGUGAGAUGCUUGGCUCAAAUCUGGAACCGGAUAAGUUUACUUUUGCUUCGGUUAUGACGGUGUGUGCACGACUUGGAGCUGUUAAUCAUGCUCUGUGGGUGCAUCGUCUGAUGACCAAGAAAGAAAUUGAACUGAAUGCCAUACUGAGUUCGGCAUUAAUAGACAUGUACUCGAAGUGUGGUAGAAUUCAAACUGCAAAGGAAGUUUUUAAUAGUGCAGAUCGAAGUGAUGUGUCUGUUUGGAAUGCAAUGAUUAAUGGGCUUGCAACUCAUGGCCUUCCUUUCGAUGCAAUUGCGGUGUUCUCAAAGAUGGAGGAUGAAAAUAUUUUACCUGAUUCGAUUACUUUUAUCGGAAUCUUAACUGCAUGCAGUCACUCUGGUUUAGUUGAAGAGGGUCAGACAUAUUUUAAUUUGAUGAGUAGUCACUAUUCGGUUCAGCCACAAAUUGAGCAUUACGGGGCGAUGGUUGACCUCUUCGGUCGAGCUGGCCAGCUAGAAGAGGCUUAUGCCAUUAUUGAAGCAAUGCCUAUGGAGCCAGAUGUUGUUAUUUGGAGGUUACUUUUAAGUGCUUGCAGAACUUAUCGAAAACCAGAGCUUGGUGAAGUUGCCAUUGCGAAUAUAUCACGUCUUAAGAGUGGUGAUUGUGUCUUGCUGUCAAAUAUGUACUGCUCGAUGAAGAGAUGGGAAAGCGCCGAAGGAGUCAGAGAUAUGAUGAAGAAAAAGGGGAUUCGGAAAAGUAGAGGUAAGAGUUGGAUCGAGUUGGGAGGAGUCAUUCACCGGUUCAAGGCCGGUGAUAGAUCUCACCCUGAAACGGAGGGACUAUACAAAGUUUUAGAGGGGCUGAUACGACGGACAAAGUCGAAAGGGUUUCUUCCUGAAACGGAGUUGGUUUUAAUGGAUAUCUCUGAAGAGGAAAAAGAAGGAAAUUUGAAUCACCAUAGUGAGAGGUUGGCACUGGCCUACGGAAUCCUAAAAACAAGUCCUGGAACAGAAAUUAUGAUAUCGAAAAACCUCCGAGUUUGCCAUGAUUGCCACAGUUGGAUAAAAAUGGUUUCCAAAUUGUUGAUCAGGGUGGUUAUUGUUAGAGAUCGAAUUCGUUUUCAUCGGUUUGAAGGUGGUUUAUGUUCAUGCCAAGACUAUUGGUAGCUAAUUCGAUCCUUGUGCCUAUAGAUACUGCGGAGCAGGUUGGCCAGGACUGAGGAUUCUGCUGUAAAGUAACGGUGAAACGGUAAUGAGUGGAAAUUGCAACCAUCUUUGGUAAAUUUGAUCCAAAUCCAAACCCUGGUUUUUAUCCUUGACAUUUCAAUGGUCAGACGAAGAUCACAACAAUGGGAAAACGGGAACGACAGAGAAAACAAUAUUUCUUUGUUUGGCGAUGGUCUAACGGUGCCAAACGUAGCUUUAAG